AUGGCGCUGGAUAACUAUUACCGCAACAAGAUCGAGAGCAUGAAGCUCGAGAUCAUCCAGGGUCAGGCUGUGCUUCGACGCCUGGAGGCUCAACGCAAUGAUUACAAUUCCCGCGUGCGACUCUUGCGAGAGGAACUUGGUCUUCUCCAACAACCGGGCUCUUACGUCGGUGAAGUGGUCAAGGUGAUGAGCACGAAGAAGGUGUUGGUCAAGGUACACCCAGAAGGCAAAUACGUGGUGGAUAUUGCCGACGGCGUGGACAUCGCCAAGCUCACCGUGGGCAAGCGAGUUGCCCUCCUCUCAGACUCGUACAAGUUGGAGAAGAUGCUACCAUCCUCGGUCGACCCGCUUGUAUCAUUGAUGAUGGUGGAGAAGGUACCGGACAGCACAUACGACAUGAUCGGUGGAUUGGACCAGCAGAUCAAGGAAAUCAAGGAGGUCAUUGAGCUGGGUCUCAAGCAUCCAGAGCUGUUUGAGUCUCUUGGUAUUGCGCAACCAAAGGGUGUGCUCCUCUAUGGUCCUCCUGGUACCGGCAAGACGCUAUUGGCCCGAGCGGUGGCUCACCAUACGGACUGCCGCUUCAUUCGUGUCAGUGGAUCAGAACUGGUGCAAAAGUAUAUUGGUGAAGGUAGUCGGAUGGUGCGUGAGCUAUUCGUGAUGGCCCGAGAGCAUGCGCCCAGUAUUAUCUUCAUGGACGAGAUUGAUAGCAUCGGCUCCAGCCGUAUAGACUCGGCUGGAGGUGGUGAUUCCGAGGUGCAACGAACCAUGCUGGAGUUGCUUAACCAGCUGGAUGGAUUCGAGCCAACGAAGAACAUCAAGAUUAUCAUGGCGACGAAUCGAUUGGAUAUUCUGGACCCUGCUCUGCUACGACCGGGGCGAAUCGACCGAAAGAUUGAAUUCCCCCCACCAUCUGUUGAGGCGCGUGCCGAUAUUCUCCGAAUCCACUCUCGAUCGAUGAACUUGACGCGCGGAAUCAAUCUGACCAAGAUUGCGGAAAAGAUGAACGGAUGCUCCGGUGCCGAACUGAAGGGUGUCUGCACAGAAGCCGGCAUGUACGCCCUGCGUGAGCGACGAGUGCACGUUACUCAGGAGGACUUUGACCUGGCCACCGCCAAGAUUCUCAACAAGCACGACGACAAGGAGGUGGCCGUUUCCAAGUUGUGGAAGUAA